AUGCCCAAUCAAAGCCCCUUUUCGAUUAGUAAUAUUUUGAAGUCAUCCGAUGGCAAACAAAUGGAUAAUGGCCUGACACCAGACACUAAUGAAGCUACGGAGAACAAUAUUUCUGAUGUAGCCAAUUCAUUCCCUCAUAUCAAUUCACCUUCCCAAUUCACAACUCCACAUGGCGAUCCGGACAAGGCAGUAUUACUCCAAAACUUAAUGGAGGAAACGGAGAAUCAAAAGGAAGAAAUCCCGGGUAUGCUCCGUGUGAGGAUUCGAAAUUCUCGAGUGCCAUUCACACGUACCCAAGUGGAAAGACUGGAGGCAAUAUUCAGCCAAACUAACUACCUCUCCGGCGGAGAAGUGACAGAAGUCGCGAGAGAACUUCAAAUCGCCGAAAGCAGAGUAAAGAUCUGGUUCCAAAAUCGGCGCGCACGAAAACGGCGGGAGUGUAAUUUGAGGGAAAUGACCACUCUUCCCUUUUACCCAGGACAACCAAGUCCAUUGGAUUUUCUUCAGAAUGUACGUCAGACGCAGGCCGAUAGUGCCCAGGAAUUUACCCAAUUUUUACCCUUCUUUCCAAAAGACUGGUUUAGAGAUGGUUCUCUAUAA